AUGAAAACCUCUCUUGCCUUUGCCAUUGCUUUGGUUUUACAAACGGUGACAGCAGCACCAUCCGAACCUAUCCCUGGAAUUAAUGAAUCACCUGCUGGUGUUGCCCCUGUCGAUGCCUCCGUUACUGUUGGUAACAAGAUGGCUCAAGAUUUGAUGGAAAAUUUCGCCAUUUUCCGAUGGGAUGCCAACAAUUCAUUUGCCAAGGAAAACUUUGAAUUUGAAUUGACUGAACCCACUCGUCUCCAAGUGGUUGAUUUCAAGCAUCACGGAGAUAUGUUUGAAGUGUAUGACAACGGUAACCUUCUCGGUAGUUCUUCUCAAGUUGCCUACAAUGAAGAUGUAGAAACCUAUGCUGCCACUCCUCAAGAAGCUUUAUUGGAUGAUCACUUUAGUAAAGGUGCUUUUAAUUUGGAAGCUGGUAGACACAACAUCACCAUCAAGGCUCAUGGUCCUUAUGAAGUCGGAAGUGCCGCCAUCCGUUUGAUCCAACGUACCAACUUGAUGUUCGCCAAGGAUGAACAACAAGAAAAUGAUGUCGAUGUCGAUAUUGAUGCCUCUGAAGUUGAUGCUAAUCCUGUUGAACAAGCCGAUAUUGAAUACGGUAGCGGUGAAUGGCAAAAACAAUAUAUGAAGAAGAAGGAAAAGAAGGAAAAGAAAGAAAAGAAAGAAAAGAAGGAAGAUGAUGAAAAGGAUCCUAAGAAGGAUGAUGAGGAUGAACGUGAAUACAAGGAUUACAAGCAUGCUGAAGAUGUAGGCCAUCAUGAAUACUAUGAUCAUGACAAGAAGCAUAAGGAAGAAGAAGAAGAAGAAAAAGACUGGAAGGAACUCAAGGAAGAAUAUAAGGAAGCCAAGAAGAAGCAAAAGGAAAAGGAAAAGGAAAUGAAGAAGAAAAAGAAGGAAGCUCUCAAGAAGGAAAAGGAAGAAAAGAAAAAAAUGAUGAAGGAAUGGAAGAUGGAAAAGAAGGAAAAGAAGAAGGAAAAGAAGGAAGAAAAGGAAGAAAAGGAAGAAAAUGAAGAAGUACGCGUCUAUGUCACUCAGACCGCCACUCAUACUGAAACUGUUCGACAAACUGCUAUGUAA